AUGAAAUUCCGAUUGCAUGCCAUUAUCCGAGCGUCGGAAAGCCGCACCAUGCAGACCAGCAAUGUGCGUCCUCGCCGGCGGACUCAAUUGCCCAGUCUUCGCCAAUUACUCCUGACCGUCAUUGCGGUCCCAUCCGUUGUCGCAUCCGUGAUCCCAUCCGCCGUCCGGACAGGUCUAGAUUCCACCACCGCGCUCGACCUCCCCGUUAGCGGAGAGAUCGUCAGCGACGAUCUUCAAGAUGUAUCUGAUUCUCCACUCCAGGAACGUGCGGCAUGGGGACCCGUCCAGGUAGACAGCAGUCUUGAAGAAGACGCAGCGCACUCGCCCAUCCUCCUAGCACCCGAGGAGAACGAGCAGACCAACGACAAUGCACAACCAGCACUAUCCCAAAGAUCGACAAGCAGCACCAGCACCAGCAGCAGUGACACGCCAACACCAUUCGACAGCAAUCUCUCCACGAACUUCACGUCCGAAAGCUGUCCGAAAUUCUUCAAGCAGUUCCUCUCGGACUCCAAAUUCGCCAACUGCUACGCCAUCUCGAUGCUCCUGCGGGACUCCAGCUCCUUCUUCCAGACGCUCAAGUCCGCCCCGGCCACCUCGCACGUCCUGGACCUCGCCUGUGCCGCCGACAUGGACCAGUGCUCGUCCAUCAUGUCCGAUCUUGCGUCACGCAUCACCAAAUCCGACGCCUGCGGCAAGGACUACGAGCUCGGCAACCCGGUCGUGACGGACGCCUACACCGACAUGAUCAUCUACGAGCCCAUGUACCGCGCCUCGUGUCUCAAGAACCCCAGCACAGGCGACUACUGCUUCGUCGAUGCCGCCACCAACAGCUCCAACCCCUCCGACUACGACGUCUACUUCAUCCCCUACGGCAGCGCAAUCACCAACGCCCCCUACCCCACCUGCAGCAAAUGUGUCCAGGCCUCCAUGGACGUCUUCGGCGAAUGGGCGCAGAAAAGCGGCCAGCCGCUCGCCCAUUCGUAUCUCCCCUCUGCCAAGGCGAUUAAUUCCAAAUGUGGGGUCAACUUUGCGAAUGCGAAUAUCACCGUUGCGGCGGAUGGCGAGUCCUCGUCGGCGUCGUGGGCGGUGCGUCGUCCGGAUGGGUUUCUCACCGCGUGUGUCGUGGCCUUGAGUAUUGCGGCGAGUCUCUGGGGGUUGGUUUAG